AUGGAAUGGCGCGAUGAUGUCGACAAGAGCGGCUUUUUGCCAUCCACCCGUGUGACGACCAUUGCCAUUCACGCCAAUGGGGCCAACAUCUUGGGCAAGGAACCCAUGGAACGCGUCUUUACCGCCUUGGAUACCGUUCGCAAUAUUAGUGGCUACAAGGAUAUUUGUGCCGAUGGCGAUUACUACGACACGCUCCACGAUGAAUUCACUUGUCGGAUCAUUGGGGCCACGCGUUUUUGGUAUCACGAUACGCAACUCUUUUAUGAACAAGCCAAGACGGAAGACGAUGUCAUUCAAACACUCUCCCAGACCGAAUAUCCUCCCGGUAUUCCGGCCGAUCACGAAUACGUCUUGGGGACACUGCAACGACAAGAGAAUAAUGGACACGGCAAUGGCACUAUUACGUAUGUACCCGCCUACUUUGUGUACAUUCUCCUCAGUAUCAAAGAGGACAAAACGGAGCUCUUUGAACUGGAUGGUUGA